GUAUAGUAUUACCCCCCUCGCCCCCGAAGUCCUCGCCCCAUCUUAUUUGGUCAAACAUUAAAACGAUGUCGCAGGGAUCUAACUGGGUGUUCACACUUAACAACCCAACCUCUAAGAUAGAGAUUGAUGAUACGGUACAGUAUUGUUUGUAUCAAUUAGAGAGAGGUGUGAACGGUACAGAACAUUAUCAAGGAUAUAUUCAGAUGAGAUCAAAUCGUUGCAGGAUGAGCAACGUGAAGAGAGUACUCGGUGACAGAGCUCACGUAGAGAAGAUGAGAGGUAGUCAAGAAGAAGCUAUCGCCUAUGCGAGUAAAGAUGAUACACGUAUUGAUGGUCCAUGGGAAUGUGGAUUGUUUGUUAAGAAAGGAUCUAACAAGCGUAAGCGUAUUGACCAGUGUCGAGAGUCGCCGGAAAGAAUGGCAAUUGAAGAACCAGACUUGUUUAAUGCUUGGAGAUCAUCGGAGAAGAUGAAGAAGUUUAGAUCUGAAUAUAUGGGCCCCAUACUUAACCGUGGUUGGCAAUUGCAGUUAACGUAUGGGUUAGAACAAGAACCAGACUCACGAACAGUGCAUUGGGUGUUUGGUCCACAAGGAGCCGAAGGCAAGUCCACGUAUGCAAAGUGGUUAGACAGUAAAGGUUGGGUUGUGUUGCAACCAGCAUCUGUGAAAGAUAUGACCCAUCUUUAUGGGUCUGAGAAUGUUCAAGCCCAUUUGUGUAUUGACAUAAGUCGUCGAGUUGACCCUAGCCACAUGGAUAAUGUGUAUGAGUUCAUAGAGAUGGUGAAGAAUCGUAACAUUCAAGUUACUAAGUACAGAUCAUAUAGGAUUAGAGAGCUUAAUCAAGUUCAUGUUGUUGUAAUGAGUAAUCAUUUACCUGAUUAUUGUAAGAUAUCAGUUGAUAGAAUAAAAUUGAUAGAGUGUUGAAUACAUGUGAAUAUAGUUUCUUCGUUAUU